AUGCCCGCAGAAUUCAUCGCCCCCGUCCUACUUGCCAAGGGCGCAGCAGGCGCAGCAGGCGCCAAUUUUCUUGGGGGAGCGGGCCAAGCAGCUCUAGCUGGAGGUUUAGGUGCUGCUAAUAACUUAAUAGGCAUGACUCCCAUGGGAAUGGCUGCUGGUGCUAUCGGCAAUGCUGCAGGUGCCAUAGGGCAACAGGCAGCAGCAGCAGGCGCAGCAGGCGCCGCCCCUGACGUAGUAGAGCAAGCUUUAUAUUUCCUUCCUUUAUUUGCUCCUCUUCUUUCUACAUUACCACGAAAUGUCCGAUCAGAGGAGCAAAGAACAAUCCGUUUAUCUACUGCAGACAGCAGGGGAGCGCGGAAUAAAAUAGACAAAGAGGCAGAAAGGAUUGUUAGUAAUCCAUCAGCAGGAGUUGCUGCCUUAGUGGCUGUCAAGACCUAUAACUACAUCAUUCAUGAUUAA